AUCCUUUUCUACUGGCUCCUUUGAUCAUCUCCAAUGGUUCUGACCAGAGGUUAUUAACUAUUUAAACACCUCUCCCGCAAAAAAAAAUUGAUGAUCGGAAGUCCCGUCCGGAGCAGUCUGCAGCGGAGAUGGGUUCAAUGCUGUAUCUGUGCCUACUAACUAUCGCAACAAGAAGCCACAGUGCAGAGGUUGAGGAGAGGCUAAUGAAUUACCUUCUGGAUCCAGAAAGGUACAAUAAACUGAUCCGACCAGCUGUCAACAACUCUGAGCUGGUCUCUAUUGUCUUUCAGGUCUCACUGGCACAGCUCAUCAAUGUGAAUGAACGUGAACAGAUCAUGACAACAAACGUCUGGUUAAAACAGGAGUGGAAUGACUACCGGCUAUGCUGGGACCCGGAGCAGUUUGAAGGUAUUCGCAAGCUACGGAUUAACGCCAAGCAGCUUUGGCUCCCAGACAUCGUAUUAUACAACAAUGCUGACGGAACCUAUGAAGUCUCUGUGUACACUAACGCCAUUAUUUCCUAUAAUGGAAGUAUCUACUGGCUACCACCUGCCAUCUACAAGAGUGCCUGCAAAAUCGAAGUGAAACAUUUCCCCUUCGACCAGCAGAACUGCUCCAUGAAGUUCAGGUCCUGGACCUAUGACCACACUGAAAUCGACCUGAUCCCCAAAACCGAUGGUGCAAGCAUGGAUGACUUCACUCCCAGCGGUGAGUGGGACAUAUUGACACUCCCAGGGAGGCGAAACACAAAUCCACUGGACCCAACCUAUGUUGAUGUGACAUAUGACUUCAUCAUUAAAAGGAAGCCCCUCUUCUACACCAUCAACCUCAUCAUCCCAUGUAUCCUCAUAACCUCACUAGCCAUUCUGGUGUUUUACCUUCCAUCAGACUGUGGUGAGAAGAUGACUCUAUGUAUCUCUGUUCUACUCGCAUUGACUGUGUUCCUCCUGUUGAUUUCCAAAAUUGUUCCACCAACCUCCUUGGAUGUUCCAUUGAUUGGGAAGUAUCUGAUGUUCACCAUGGUGCUAGUGACAUUUUCUAUAGUGACCAGUGUUUGUGUGAUCAACAUUCACCAUCGCUCUCCCAGCACGCACACCAUGCCCCAAUGGGUGAAGAACAUUUUCCUGAAUAGGUUGCCUUCUCUCCUGUUCAUAAAGAGACCUCAAAACAAUUGGACUAAGCAAAAAUUAUACCAACACAGGAAAAGCAAUCUCUGCAAUGCCCAUGCAAGUCCAGAAGAGAGCAACAAGAACUUUGCUUUCUUUAUAAAUCCCACCUCCACCAAAGUUUAUGACUCUAACUUUAUGGAAGCAGCUGAUGCCUGCCAACAAGACCUAAGGCUGAGAACAUCCACAAAGCUCCCACCUGAAUUGCAGGACGCUCUCGACGGGGUGAAAUUCAUUGCGGAUCACUUGAAGAAUGAUGACGAAAAUCAAAACGUGACUGAAGAUUGGAAAUAUGUCGCCAUGGUGGUGGAUCGCUUGUUCCUCUGGAUUUUUAUUGUGCUUUGUGUUAUGGGAACAGUCGGAUUGUUUCUCCAGCCAUUUUGUCAGUCGCAGAAACAUUGAGCUUUGUUGGAUCUCUGCUGUGUACAUAAACAUGUAUUGUGCACAGAACUUUUUAAACAAUGACUGUUUGCACAAGGAAGGUGAACCAUCCCAAAGUGAUGUACGUGCUUCAAACACUCUCC